CCAGUGUGUGCCCCCUGACCCCUGACCCCCGGACUUCCCCUGGGGAAUGCCUUGCCCACCCUGCUCGCAGCUCUCUGCCCCUGGAGACUUCCCGCCCCAGCACUCCUGGUAAAGGUUUCUAUCCUUUGGGAUCCGCUAUCCCACGGGGGUGCGACACAAGGUCCGCAGGCUGCCCAGGCAGGACACUGACUUGUUCUGGCACCUGUGACCACUCAGGACUGCAACUGCCCCCACACACCCCGAGGGGGGGUCCGGGAGAGCAGGAUCCACCACCACACCUGCUGGCCACCUUGCCUGCUCUUUCUGCCCUGGGAGGUGGGGGGGGCAUAGACACCCACCCCUCUCUGAGUUGUGCCUCUUCUCCGCCACAGAUGCCGUGGAGUGGGUGGGAGGCACCAUGGACUCUGACUCGGAGCGGGCGAAGAUCACACAGGAGAUCCGGGAGCUCGAGAGGAUCCUGGAGCCGGGCUCCUCGGGCGUCAGCCUGGAUCUCUCUGAGUCUAGUCUCGACUCGGCUUCUGACGAUGAUUCGCUGCUCGUUGAGGACUCAGAUGCUCCUGGCCCCCCCAUCGUGGAAAAAGACAGGUGGGGUGAGGCCAGCAACGAGGAGGAGGAGGAAGAGGAGGAGGAGCCCAGGGACAGAAACCUCCCUGAGGACCCAGAGACCUGCCUGCAGCUGAAUAUGGUCUACCAGGAGGUGGUGCAGGAGAAGAUGGCUGAAGUGAACCUGCUGUUGGCCCAGAACCGUGCGCAGCAGGAGGAGAUCAUGUGGGAUCUAGCCGGUGCUAAGGGCCCCAAGGCCAAGGGCAGGAAGAGCCUGCCGCCCCACAUGUACAUCGGGCACUUUAUGAAGCCGUACUUCAAGGACAAGGUCACCGGCGUGGGCCCCCCGGCCAACGAGGACACGCGGGAGAAGGCGGCCCAGGGCGUCAAGUCCUUCGAGCAGCUCCUGGUCACUAAGUGGAAGAGCUGGGAGAAGGCCCUGCUGCGCCAGGCUGUGGUGAGCGACCGCCUACAGCGCCUGCUUCAGCCCAAGCUCCUCAAACUUGAGUACCUGCAGCAGAAGCAGAGCCGAGCCCAGAGUGAGCCGGAGAAGCAGCUCUUGGAGAAGCAGGUCCAGGACGCGGAGAGGGACAUCGCGGACAUCCACCAGCUCCCAGAAGAGGCCCUCCUGGGGAGCAGACUGGACAGCCACGACUGGGAGAAGAUUUCCAACGUGAACUUUGAAGGUGGCCGCAGCGCGGAGGAGAUCCGAAAGUUCUGGCAGAACUGCGAGCACCCGAGCAUCAACCAGCAGGCCUGGAGCUCGGAGGAGGUGGAGCGGCUACAGGUGCUGUCGGCCCAGCACGGCCACCUGCAGUGGCAGCAGAUAGCCGAGGAGCUAGGGACUCGGCGCAGCCCCUUCCAGUGCUUGCAGAAGUACCAGCAGCACAACAGGGCCCUGAAGCGCCGAGAGUGGACAGAGGAGGAAGACUGCAUGCUCACCCAGCUGGUGCAGGAGAUGCGGGUUGGCAGCCACAUCCCCUACCGCAGAAUUGUCUACUACAUGGAAGGCCGGGACUCCAUGCAGCUCAUCUACCGCUGGACCAAGAGCCUGGACCCCAGCCUGAGGAAGGGCUGCUGGACCCCCGAGGAGGACGCCAAGCUGCUGCAGGCCGUCGCCAAGCACGGCGAACAUGACUGGUUUAAGAUCCGGGAGGAGGUGCCGGGCCGGAGCGAUGCCCAGUGCCGGGACCGGUAUCUCAGGAGACUGCGCUUCAACCUGAGGAAGGGGCGCUGGAACCCCAAGGAAGAGGAGAAGCUGCUGGAGCUGAUCGAGAAGCACGGAGUCGGCCACUGGGCAAAGAUCGCAGCAGAGCUGCCCCAUCGGACGGGCUCCCAGUGUCUCAGCAAGUGGAAGAUCAUGCUUGGGAAGAAGCGGAGGGGCCAGCAAGGGCGGCGGCGGCCACGGCGAUGCGUGCGGUGGAGCUCCAGCAGCUCAGACAGCACAGAGGGUGAGGACCUGGGCAGCAGCAGCAGCAGCAGCAGCGAGGACACAGAGGCUGAGCCAGACCACAGGCCGGGGCCCCGCGGGGGUGGCCAGGCAGACUCCUACAUGGUGCCCAGCAUGGACCUGUGGGUGCCUGCGAGGCAAAGUGGCCCAGCGCCGAGGAAAGGGAGUUCCCGGGAUUGGCCGGGCCUGCCGCUGGCCCUCACCAGCAACCCCCAAGAGGCCGAAGCUGCCCGCCAGAGCAACAAGAAAGGGCCAGCCUUGGGGACCCACUGCGGCAUCCCAGGCUCCACGGACACUUGCCCGGCCAGAGACAAGGAGUCAGGGGAUGAGACCAGGAGCCACCUGCAGGAGGCGCCCCUGGAGACGGUGCAGCCGACCCACGACGUGAAGGAGCAGCUGCCCCGGCCAGACCUGGCGGGGCCCCCGGUGCGGUGCCUGUGGCCCGGCUCCACCCUGAAUGGGCAGCAGCGCCGCAGACAGAGGCACACCCUGCAGAGAAGGCUGCUCACCCGCCGCCUCCUGAUGGCCGUGGGCCCCUGGGUGGACAGGGUGAUCCUGCCCCAUACUCAGAUACCUCAGAGGCCUGCCGUGUCCACCCAAGCCGAUGGCGUCCAGAAGCAGCUACGGAGUGUGCAGCUGACCAGCACGCCGGUGUUCACGCUGCUGAUCCAGCUGCUGCAGAUUGACACUGACGGCUGCCUGGAGGUCAUCGGGGAGCGGAGGAGCCCGCCGCCCGGCCCCGCCGCACCAGGCUGCCUGCAGGCCAGGCCCUGCCCAGGAGGCCUCUUCCCAGCCAGGCCGGCUCAAGAAACUACAAAGCAGAGGGCUGGCCACAAGGACCGUGGGGCGCAGGGAUCCCGCCAACCCCAGCCCACUCCCCAGCUGGCCCCCUUGGGCCCCCGGCCGAAGCCCAAGACUGUGUCGGAGCUGCUUCGGGAGAAGAGGCUGAGGGAGGCCCGGGCCAAGAGGGCCACCCAACACACACAGCCACCCCCUGUCCAGAUGCUGCUCCCCGUACCCAGGACGCCCCUGCCUGCCCUGCAGCCCACCCCCCGAGGCCUGACAGCCGCAGGCCCUGCUGUCUGCAACCAGCCACUCCCAGGACUUGGGAUCUGUGCUGGGCCCUCACAGGGGUCACAGACCCCAGCCAGCACAGGGGGGACCCAGCAAGCCCUGGCCCCCACCCCUACGGGGGCCAGGACCUCUGCCCACCAGGCCUCCAGACACCAUGUCCCUGUCCCCAGCAUGACACAGAAGCAGGGUCUGCCCGAGCUACCACCCCUCCUCCCCGCAGUCCCCAGCUCUGCGAGGUGGCCCACCCUUCGCCUGGUGACGCCCCCGGUGGCAGCCAACACCUCCUUGCCUGUCACCUGGGUGCUCACCACCCAGGGUCUGCUGCCCGUAUCCAUGCCAGCUGUGGUGCACCUGCCUGGGCCCACAGGAGCCUCACUGACCCUGCUGCCCUCAGCCUCUGCCCCCGGGACAUCCCCUGCCCCUCACAGCCCUGCAGUCUUGGCCCCCAGGAUGGCCCCUGCCUCUCUCAGCCCUGCAGGGGCCUCUGCAGACCCAGUCUCAGCCCCUGUGACGCCCCCUGCCCCUCACAGCCCUGCAGUCUUGGCCCCCGGGACAUCCCCUGCCCCUCACAGCCCUGCAGUCUUGGCCCCCGGGACAGCCCCUGCCUCUCUCAGCCCUGCAGGGGCCUCUGCAGACCCAGUCUCAGCCCCUGUGAUGCCCCCUGCCCCUCACAGCUCUGCAGGGGCCCCUGUAGUCUCAGCCCCCAGGACGACCCCUGCCUCUCACAGCCCUGCAAGACCCCCUGCAGUCUUGGCCCCCGGGACAUCCCCUGCCUCUCUCAGCCCUGCAGGGGCCUCUGCAGACCCCGUCUCAGCCCCUGCAAUGUCCUCUGCCCCUCACAGCCCUGCAGGGGCCUCUGAAGACCCAGCCUUGGCCCUCAGGCCUCCAUCUCCCAGAAAUAGUGCUCCACCCCCUGAAACGCCCUCCCAGGCCGCAUUCCCAUCCAGCCCCCCUGAAGCAGAGCUGCCUUCCCACAGUGGGGCUGGCCUAAGUAGUCCCGAGGGAUCACCUGGCACCCCCUCAGAGACAGGACGCCCUCUUGCCCCAGAGCAGCCACCCCCACCUGGCCCCAGGAAGGGCGCCUUGGUCACUAGCCUCAUCUCCCUGGAGGACCCAGGGGCCACCCAGGCCUGGCUGAGGGGCCAGCAGGGGGUGUGUGUGCUGCCCCUGGGGAGCAGGCUGCCCUACCAGCCCCCCACACUGUGUACCCUGCGGACCCUGGCCAGCCUCCUGCUCCACAAGGACUCCUUGGCACGGGAGGCGGCCACCCUGGUGCCCGGCUGCCAGGAGCUGCCCCCCGCCGGAGCCCUGGAGGCUGCCCGGGAGAUGGUGCAUGUGCAGCUUAGGGACAGCCCAGCUUACCUGCUGCUCAAGGCCCGAUUCCUGGCCACCUUCUCCCUGUCUGCGCUCCUGGCCACCCUCCCUCCACGUGGCAUCCCUACCACCCUGUCAGUCACCCCCAGGCUGGGCUCUGACAGUGAGUGUGAGGACCUGGAGGGCCCCACACUUCCUGAUGGGACAGGGCUCCCUGAGGGGACCCAGCCGCAGGUGGCUGCAUCUUGCUGCUCAGACAUCCCAGAUGACCUCUGGUCCUUGAGGACAAGGCACAGCCGGAAGCGGAGGCGGCUGUCCUGAGCAGUCUCUGCGGCCACUUGGGAUGCCUGUGCCAGCACCCGUCUGCGGUACUGUGUCCCGUGAGGGCACAGCCCACCGCCGCCGCCGGCCUGUCUGUGUCUGCCCAUCACUGGAGCGGAGGUCCAGCCACGUGCUGUUGGCCCAGGCUGGGGAGCAGACCCUGCAGACGGAUGGGGAGACGUGCGGCCCAGGAGCCUACCCUCAAGGCUCCGCUGUCAGCUUCUCCCCCAGCCGCCCUGGUGUCCCACCCACCUCCCCACCCCACCCCCCACGGGUCCCUGGGGCCUGCACACUGCAGCCCACCCCACAUCAGGCCACUGCGGCAAGUGCACCGUGAUCACUGGAGAGAA